CGUGCGAGGCUGUCCUGGAGACCCCGCGCUGCCUGCACCUCUAUCGUCUCGGUUGUCAUGGAUGAUGAAGAUGGCAGGUGCCUUCUAGAUGUAAUCUGUGACCCAGAAGCUCUCAAUGACUUUCUUCAUGGAUCUGAGACCCAUUUGGACACUGACGACCUAUUGGAUGGUUCGAGUGACCCCUCCAGCUCGUUCUUCUCUGCCACUGGGGGCCAUGUUCCAGAGGUCCAGCCUGCAGUCCAGCUGUCGGCCAAUGAGCCGACAGGCCUACCCAGAGUCAGUGUUGACCUGGACUUCCUGGAGGAUGAUGAUAUCUUGGGAGGAUCCCCAGGUGGUGACGGUGGCAGCAAUGGCAUUGGGACAAAUCACGAGCCAUGUGACAUCCUGCAGCAGAGCUUGGCUGAAGCCAACAUCACAGAGCAAAGCUUACAGGAGGCAGAGGGUGAGCUGGACCUGGGCUCGUUUGGGAUUCCAGGCCUUACGCAGGUGGUGCAGACACUACCUGAUGCCGGCCUCUCAGGGGCCGGAGGGGCUGCUGUUGGUGUAGGCAUAGGUGUUGGGGGAGCAGCAGCGAUUUUUCCUGGGUCAGCCCAGAGCACCACUGCUACACCUCCCAAUUCUACAGCUGACAUGCUGGGGUCAGUGCUUGCCCAGCAGGGCCUUCAACUCCAAUCCCAGGUCAUGAACAAGGCCAUUAGUGUUCAGCCAUUUAUGCAGCCUGUUGGCCUGGGAAAUGUGACGCUUCAACCCAUUUCAAGUCUCCAAACUCUUCCUAAUGGGAGCCAGCCUGGACAUUUGGGUAUCGGACAGAUUCAGGUUGUGGGUCAGCCCACAGUCAUGACUAUCAAUCAGUCUGGGCAGCCUAUCCUGGCUAAAGCCAUGGGUGGUUACCAGCUGCACCAGUCUGGGCAAGAGGUUUCAGGUGCUGGUUCUCAGCCCGGGCUUGGAGGCUCUGGGGGUGGACUUCUGAUCCACGGCAACAAAGCCGCUUUGGGAUCUUCAGCUUUAAAUGGACCGGCUGUUUGUGUCGGCACCACAAACAGCAGCAGUGGCGGUGCUAUGACUGCUCCUGCUGGGCUUCUGGGCUUCGGCAGCACCACUCUUAGUUCAGGAAUUGGUCCCCAUACGCAAAAUCAAGGCCCAAUCAUGCAGAACGUGAUCAUCCAGCGCACACCGACACCCAUUCAGCCUAAACCCCCUCAGGGGGGAGCCAUCCAACCGAAACUUUUCAAACAGCAACAGCAGCAGCAGCAGCCACUUCCCCAAUCCCUGCAAAAUGAUGCUCACAAGGCUCUCGGGCUUCAGCAAAUUCCAGUUACUUCUGCUCAGAAUGUUGCCUUUCUAACGGGGAAGCAUGGCUCGAAUGUUGUCCUUAGUACUCAAACCACAACACAAGGUUCUCAGUUUCAACAAACCCUAUUCAAGCAACAGGCAGCACAACAAUCUGGCAAGCCCCUUAGCUUACACUUGUUAAACCAACAAGGCAGCAUCGUUAUUCCCUCUCAGACUGUUCUGCAAGGUCAGAACCACCAGUUUCUCCUGCCACAACUACAGGCAGGCGGGCAGAUCCUGACUCAGCACCCUGGGGGGCACAUCAUAACCAGCCAGGGCCCCGGUGGACAGCUUAUUGCAAACCAGAUUUUAACUUCAAACCAGAACAUAAACUUGGGUCAGAUGUUGACUUCACAGGGCCAUCCUGGGGCCCACAUCCUCUCUGGAUCCAUUCAGCUCCAGUCGGGCCAGAUGGGCACACCCACCCUCUUUCAGAUGCCUGUCUCAUUGGCUCAGAGUGGCCAUACGCAGACCCACACUGUCUCUGGUCAUGGCCAGACAGUCAUACAGGGCAUGCCAAUCCAGAACUCCCUGACCAUGCUCAGUCAGGUGGAGGGGCUGAGCCCCGCGGUCAGCCUUCAGCCAGCCCUGCAGCCUCAGCCGGGGGGGGUCCCCAGCAGCGCCGGAGCAGCAACCAUGGCUCAGGGCCAGCCUGGAGAGUGUGUUACCCUGCUUGGUAGCUCCACAGACCAGGCGGCUCACCCCACUCAACAGCAUGCAACGCAAUCCUCCAUCCUCGCCAUGCAACCGGUUUCCUCCGUGUCCACGGUAACCACAGUACCCUCUUCUCCGUCCAUGUCCACCUCUUCCCCCGUCACAGCUAUGGGGCUGGUCCCCCAUCAGGCUCAGCACAGUCCAGGGAGGUUACUGUUCACCAACCAGGGCUCCAGUAUGAUCCUGAGCCAGGAGUCCCUGCAGAUGUUCCUGCAACAGGAGCAGCACCUCCAAACUGAAAAUGAGUCAACCCCCUCUGUGGGCGUACCAGCGUCCGUUAUCGUCAGCAGCAACAGCGUCACUGCUCCGGCCCCCGCUGUCCAUGACAGCCAAUUAACUGACUCAUGGGUGGGUCAGAGCCACAGCCCUUCCCCCGGCCCCUCCCACAUGACAGCACUGGUAAAGCAGGUACCGUCCAGUGGACACCAGCAGUCCCUGAAGAUACAGGGCAUGUGCCCCUCACCGACUUUGACCACUCACGUCACAGCGCCCCCCAUGGCAGUCAGCCCCCAGCCUUCCCACUCUCCUCUCACUCUGAGCCAGCAGAUCCAGUCACCGCACCACCAACAGCAGCAGUCACGCCCUCCCUCCCAGCCUCACCCCCAGUCUCUAACACCCUCCCGCUCGUGCACACCCUCAGCUCACCCUCAGCUCUUCAUCGUCCACAACCAAAUGGCAGAGUCCCCCCAACCGGCUCAGCAAGGCCAGCAGACACACAUUCAAAUUCAGCUCCAGCCUCAGCCCCGACCUGCCUCUCAGCCCGCCCCCUAUCAACAAGAUAUGCCUCCCCUGUCACAGUCACCCAAGCCUCCUCCUCCCGCACCACCUGCACAGCACCAGUUUACGGCUCUUCCUGUCAGCACUUCUGCCCCUGCUGUAGUUAAAGCCCAGGUUCCUAUCCAGGGCCUGACAGCGGAGCAGCAGCACCAUCUGCAAUUAGUCGGAGCGCAGAUUCAGACCCUGUCAGGCAUCGCCCAGCCCUCACCUCAGCAGAAACAGCUGCUGGACAAACUACACCAGGUGCAGCAGAACAUCCUGCUGCAGGCCAAGCAGGCUGCUCAGUCCCAGUCCCAAGCCAGCAGUCAGUUCAGCUCCCAGCAAGAUGUGCCUGUCGACAAAGUGGUGAUUGCGCCAUCAGCCGGCACCGGUUCCCCGGCUCAGCUGCUAUCAGUGCUGCAGUCGACAUCGGUUCUUGUCAAAACUCCUGCUACAGCAUCAAGUGACUUACAGGUAUUCUCAGGAGCCCAAGGGCCAGCUGGAGCAAUGGUGAAUCAGACUGUCACUCCUGCCAGCCUUACCCAGCCUGCACAGGUUCAGCCAAAGCCGGGGGUGAUCAGCUCAGUUGGAGGGAUGUCUCUUGGGAAAGCUGGGAUGCAGAUCCAGGUGUUAGGAACUAGUCUGACUCAAAUGACUGCUCCACAGCACCUAGCUCCGGUACAAACUCAGACACCAACAAUGAAGAUGCCUUUCAGUGCAGAGCCCAGCAAAGAAGCAAGGAUGCUAGAACAGCUGAGGAAACAGCAGGGUUCAGUGCUUCACCCAAACUACAGUGCUGCUUUCCACUCCUUUGAGGACACACUGCACAGCCUGCUGCCUUACCAUCUCUACCAGGGAACCGCCAAUUCGUCUCAAGACUAUCAGAAAGUGGAUGAUGAGUUUGAGACGGUCUCCAGCACUCUCCUGAAGAGGACCCAGGCUAUGCUGGAUAAGUAUCGCAGCCUGCUCUUCGCGGAGUCAAAACAGAGACUGGGCCCCUCGGCAGAGAUGGUCAUGAUUGACCGGAUGUUCAUCCAGGAGGAGAAGAUUGCGCUGAGUCAGGACAGGAUUUUGGCCAAGGAGCGACCAGAGGAGUUUGUGGCAAACGCGCGCAUGUUGGAGAGUGUAGUUUUAUCCCAACAUAAAUCAUCAUCUUCGGCUCAGACCACGUCAGCGAGUGGAGGUCUAACAGCAGCUGUCCCGGCUCCAGCACCUGCAGCUCCUGCCCUUCUGCCAAACAUCACCCCGAACCCCCCGCCUGCACCCAUCCUAGCUCCUGCUUCAGCUCCAGUUCCUGCUCCAAUUCCGGCACCCCUUCCCGCCCCUUCUGCCAGCCCUUUCCCCCCUACCAAAUUAGUUAUAAAGCAUGGUGGAGGGGGAGCGUCCGUGUCCUGGUCCAGCAGCUGUCCCGCACCCCAAGCUGCAAAAAGCAGGCUGUCUGAACCCAUCGGCCACAGCUCCUCCUUCAGCCGCGCCCACACAGCAUCAUCCUCUUUUUCCUCUUCGUCCUCCAACGCUAAAGCGGCGGACGCCGACGACGACGCCCUCCCGCAGAGAACCAGCAAGCCACCGAUGAAGACCUAUGAGGCUCGCAGGAAGAUCGGCUUGAAGCUGAAGAUCAAGCAGGAUCAGACGGGGUUCAGUAAGGUGGUCCACAACACCGCCUUAGACCCCGUGCACACACCUCCAUCCAAGCAGAGCAGCCAGUCCACAUCCCAGCCGCAGACUAAGCCCCAAGUCGAGGCUGCUGUUCCCCACCCAAAGCCCAAUCCUGUAGCUACUCCCCCUACUUCAGUCAUCAAAACUCAGCCUCCCGUAUGCACUGCUUCAACUGCCUCAUCGGUCACCCCAUCAACCACUCAGUGUAACCCCCUGAGAGGUAACGUUCCCCCCAACGCAGCCUCAUUUUCCUCUACGUCUUCCUCUCAUACUUGGUCGUCGUCAACCUCCACCUCCUCGGCCCUUCAAAUGAACGGGACGUUGGAUAACCACGACCAGGGGCGGGUCAAACACAAUUCGGCCUCCACUGCCACUCCCUCACAGACAACAUGCCGUCUUCCCCUUCGAAAAACCUACCGAGAAAACAUUAGUCCCCGAGUCCGACCCGGCGUCCCAGGGGGAGGAGACGAAAACUUGUCCUACCCCAAACCCACGCCUUCACCCCCGAGGCACGAAGCCUCAUCCCCUCCCUCAGAGCGGACAGUAAUAGCCAGUGUGAAGGUAGAGAAAAGAGGGAGGGAGGCCUCGCACCCUCACACAGAGUCGAGCCACGACACAGGCCGUUUAGGUAGUGCAAUGCAGGGGCUGGAGGAAAUGGACGAGGUGUUUAACCGCGGUAUCAAAACGCAGCACCAUCACCUCCAGCCGCCCCUGGACAGAGAGGGGGCGAAGGAGAGAGGGGAUGAGCACACAGACCAAGAGACUGAUGUAAGUAAAUACAAGAGGGCGAGUGGGAAAAAUAGACAUAGGGCAGGUGGGACGUUCAGAAUGGACCAGCAUGCCCCUGGGCCUCCCUCCCCAGAGUCCUCCUUUACACGGGACUCUUUGCUCCCUGCCAAGCGCUGCAAGUCGGACUCCCCCGACAUGGACAACGCCAGUUUCUCCAGCGGCAGCCCCCCGGACGACUCUCUGAAUGAGCACCUGCAGUGUGCCAUCGACAGCAUCCUCAACCUGCAGCAGGAGCCCACUGCCCGCAUUAAAGGGGGGGGCAGCAGGUCACAUCAAAGCCAGCGCCCGGGGGGCUCGGCAGCCUCGUCCCACAGACCCUCAGUACCACCCUCCUCCUCCGCCUCCUCGUCCUCCUCCUUGGCCCAGCACCCUCAGGUUGGUGGCCGCGGUCACAAUGGCAGCCUGGUGCCGCAGACUCACAGCAGAUAACAGCCCCUCAGCCCCAGGCCAGGCUGACGGGGGAUGGGGGGCGGGACUGAGAGAAAGAUUUAAAGGCAGUGGAAGCGGGGCACUGAAGACAGUAUCACUGUUCUACUCUGCCAUGCUGUGUUUGCUUUGUUCGCCCAUCUGAAUUGUCCAGACAUCUCUUUGUCAUUCACUGUCCGGUGUAGCGUGUGGUCAAAGCAGGUAAAACUGCUCUCUGUGAACUGAAGGCGCCUGGUAUUUUGUACGUGUUAUCUCAGCUCUCGAGCCUGAGUAACAAGAUGAAUUUGUCACAGGAUGAUGUUCUCUAUUUCUCCCUCUCCUUUUACACUUCAGAUCUUUUCUUUUUUCUCAUUCAGUAUUCAUACAUUCCUUUCAUAUGGCCUGAGCACCAGUCACUGAUUCACACAGUUCAUCUCCUGGUUUGAAAGGUGUCUCAAGCAGCUCAUUGAAACAGUUAGAAAGUCAUCAACUCUUUUCACCUUGAAAAUUGAGUACAUACUUUAAAAAUCUUCAAAAUACGUGCAGUAUGUUCAAUUACUAACCAAAUUGGACUCCUUAUCAGAAAGAUAAUGUUGCCCUGCAGAUGCAAACAGCACAUGGUGAAUUGAUACAGACCACCUAUAUUCAAAAUACAUUUCCUUAUACACAAGGCAACUACUCUUAUCUGGAAAUCUAUUGGCCUCCUGGCCUCCAUUUAAAGUCAAUGUUAUAAAAUGUGAUAUUAUUUUUGACUCCCCUUGGGUACAGUAAGACUGAAGAUGUUUAUGAAAUGUUGUAAGAGAACUUUUUUUCUGUUUCUGAUGCCAGAUGAUUUUUUGGGUUCUUGUUGUUAGAACACACACACACACACACACACACACACACACACACACACACACACACACACACACACACACACACACACACACACACACACACACACCUACCUGCCUCCCUGUGGCUGGGGUUCAGAUUUUAUGCAUUUCAGUCAGCAGGGGGCAGGCCAGUUUUAAAUGUUGUAUUUCUGUCUUCUCAGCCAGUCUGUCUCAUCUCUCUGCCACUGUAUCCCUGCCUCCCAUCUGUUUGUCUUAUUUUCUUUUUCUUUAAGCCUGGUGGACAAUUCCAACGCAAACACAGCACAAGCAUUGAAACGGAAAAAAAGGAACAAUAAUAAUGUACAAAAAGACCGUAAGAGAAUUUGAAGUAUAGUAUUACAGAUUAAUUUUGUAUUGUAUUUAUUGUGUAUAAUGACACUUUUUAAAAAGAAAUGUACAUUUAGUAAAACUGUAAAUUAAACCUUGCUUCUUUUAUGAAACAUUGCAACUUCUCCAGUCAUUUGUCCAGCUAUCAGGGUGCUUUGCAUGACUAAUGAUGACUGAGCAGCAGUGUUGUAUGAUG